CGUCGCCUUGGUUACCCGUACAAGUCAGGAAGUAACGCCAAAUAUCGCUACCAGUUAAACUAUCAAGCUGUUAUUAUCAUAUUGGGUAAUUUCUGUGCCUUCUGCUCCCACUGUUCUUUCGUCGAAUCUGAGAUUUGUUUGUGUACCGAAGAAAGAAGAUGAGCAAGAUAAGUGAUGGCAGACAGCCUGUGUCUUGUAUAGUCAAACCUCCGGUAUAUUUUCAAAUAGGAGCAUCCAAAGCUGGUGUUUGUGUGGUUGAUGUCAGCCUGCCCUUUGAAAAACCAGUCAAUAUUGAGGAAAUCACCUUUAAAAACUACUACACUGCUUACAUUACUGUGCGUUUGUUGAGGAGGGCCGCAGGGCAGAAUGGCCCAACUAAAUGGUGCACCGCUUUACGAGACCUGCUCCUGAUGGACAACCCCCACACCGAGACGGGGUCCCAAGACUACUUCUCCAUCCACAGGAAGCAGAUGCUGGUGGAGGCAGAUCAUGUUGUGUCGGUGAGGCUGAUCCUAAGACAGCCGUCCUCCGGCUGGCUCAACUUCAGCCUGGAAGAGAUCAAAAUAUUCCCGCAAGUGGAGCCGGAGCCAGAGAAGGAGGUCUCUGAUUUGCUGUCUGAUCUUACUCUUGUUGAUCAACACCCUGAUGUAGAGGGCCUCCUAGACCCUCAGACUGUUUCCUCCAGCAUCCAGCAGAUGUGGGCUUUGACUGAAGUGAUGCAGACCAACCAAACCACAGCCACCAUUGGGCGUUUUGAUGUUGAUGGAUGCUAUGACAUAGACUUACUGUCCCUGGAUUAAUGUGAGACGGAAGAUCAGAGUAACAGCAUGAAGAUGGAGAACAUCAGGAAAAAAAAUUGUUGAGCUCACAUUCACAUUACAUGAUGAUAAAAGUAUGCAUAUAAGUGUUCCAGGUUAGUGCAUCAAACUUUAACCAACCAGUAUCACCCCCACUCCUCAGACUGCAGUUUCAAUCUGAUUAAAACUGAACUCAGACUAAAGUUUAAAUCUGAUUCGGAUUUUAUUCAUAUAUUUA